AUGGGAAGACCUUUAACAAAGCCAAGUGUCCCUGUGGCUCAUGUGGUUCCUGUGGUUCCUGUGGUUCAUGUGGCUCCUGUGGUUCGUGAGGCUCCUGUGGAUGCAGUGGUUCGCCUACAGCCAUGGAGAAAAUUCGUGAUGAACACUGCUGAAGAGUGUGAAACAUACUACAAAGCCGAAAUAAAAAAAGCAAGUGUUCCCGAAAAUGGAUAUAAUUUAGUGAUAAUUGGACCAACAGGAGCUGGUAAAUCAUCAUAUAUCAACUCGAUAUAUGCAAUGUUAGAAGGAAGUCAUUCGUGUGUGGCACGUGUUAGAGCGAAUGGUGACAACUGCACAAAGGAGUGCACUAUCUAUAAAUCGAAAACCGACCAAGAAGAGUGUCUCAUUGGCGAUGUUAAAAUCAUUGACACCAUGGGCAUCCAAACGGACGGAAAUGGUAUAACAGAUGAAUGUUUGAAUGCUGUCCUUGACGGAAAAGUUGAAAUCGGCAAUCUAGAUGAAAAGGAGAAAAUGACUAAGGAAAGAACUAGUUUCAGACCUCAUGCCGUGAUAAUUGUGGUAAGCGCACGCCACAUAGAAAGUACGGGAAAUGAUUCGGCAUGGCGGCCUGUGUUUCAUGACUUGUUCGACCGUAUACCAACAGAUGUGAGUUCACUGAUAGUCAUCACGCAUUGUGAUAUGCUCAAUGAUAUCAACGGUGAUUUGAACAAAGUCUACUCGUCGGUCAGGUUGAAAGCUGUUGUCGAAAAAAUUGGGAGAGAUAUAGGCGUCACACAUGAACACAUCUUCCCAGUUGUCAACUAUGUUGGUGAAUCUGCCCGACAUGUAACCCCCUUGCAAAGUGUGUACAUAUGGGAAUCCAUUAUGUGUGCAAUUCGAGCCGCGAAAAAUAAAGGAAAAAUGAUACAACGGUAAUGGGCGAAGGCGAGUGACACAGUAUGCAUGUUAAUUAAAACUGUAUUUAAUUAUUUCAGCGUAGAAGGAAUGAGAUUAAGUGUCGUCGUGAUAUUGUCUUAAAAUCAAUGUACACCAAAUACCAUUUCCAUUUAAUAUAGAAUCAUUAUAUGUGAGGAAUUGUAUUGUUUAUCUGUGAAAACAAAGUAAACGGAACUAUUUGCAAUCAUUUUGAUUUCCUAAUUAAGUUCUACUUUACUUAUAGCCAAUGGAACAAAACUGAUAGACGUUGUAGUUUGAUCAAAGUUAGCCUAAACUUAUAUGGGUUGGCCAUCAGUUAUAGAAAGUUAUAUUUAUCAAGCAACUGAUUUUAAAUAUACAAAUGGCAUGAAGAUAACCUGUGGUUAUAUUUUCCAAGUUAAUAACAGGCGGCUACUGUUUUAACUGUCCAACUCUGAAAUCAAAUAAUGACUAAGGCGUAUUGCCACUUGUCUAAACGAAUGUUAUAUCGCAAUAUAUCCAUAACAGGAAUAACAGUUCUGACACAGCUCUUACUAUUCUGGCUAUAACUAUAUUUUGCUCCGAUU